AUUAAGGAUUUAUUGAAAUGUUACGAUGUUGUUUUGAUAAAUAUUUGUGUGAUUAGAAUACUAAGUUUGUGUUUAUUAUUGUGUGAUGUGACACAAUGAGAGUGACUGUUUAAUUUAACUAGGUGGUGUUUUGUUUCUUUUUUUAAUAGUCUGUGGUGAGUGUGACAAUUGAGAUGUUCAUGUUUGCUGAUCUCACAAUGUUUUUGUCAUUUUGUUGUCUGUCACUUUUCAUCUUUUUUUUUGGAUGGGCGUGAUCAGUCAUCGGUGAGUGUGACAAUUGAGAUGUUCAUGUUCUCUGAUCUCACAAUGUUUUUGUCAUUUUCUUGUCUGUCACUUUUCACCAUUUCUAUUGGAUGGACGUGAUCAGGAAUCGGUGAGUGUGAGACAGUUGAGAUGUUGUUGUUUUGAUCUCACAUGCUUUCAUUUCCCUGCUUCGCGUUUUGUCCAUUUUUAUUGUAUGGACGUCAGUCAGUGGGAACAGCAAUUGAGAGUGGAAUGAAAUUAGGACUUUCUAGUCUUGAUGAGGUGUCACAUCGCACUGAUGAUGAUUGUGGCACUGUAUUGAAUACUGAAGAUGACAGCCACAUCUCUGCUGAUUGUCGCGCGCGAGAAUUCGAGAGCCUUUCGGCGUACACGGAAGACGACGUAUUUCGACUCGCAAGAAGUGACACAGAUGUGGAACCACCUGAGCCAAUUGCAACACUGGAAAUGACUGUUGGUCCUGAAGGUGGAUGCUUUAGCUCAGGCAGUUUGUCUAUUUCGGUUCCCAACGGUGCUGUGAGUGAACCAGUCAACUUGAGAAUGCUUAUGUAUGUUGAUGAAAGACUAAUGCCGCCAUCCACUAACGCCAAUGAUGGAUACAUUUUGAGUCCACUAUUUGUCUUCGAACCGCAUGGAUUAACAUUUUCGAAACUUGUUGAUGUACGUUUCCCUCCUCCAGUUGAUUCCAAAGGAUGGCAUUUGUCACUCAUGAGAGCUAGCUGUGAUACUUCCACUCCAUCUCAAUUAUGGCAGCCAGAAGCCAUAAUGACAUUUAAUUCUGAUUUGGAUCAAGUGAAUAUGGAGGACCCAGACUGUAAAUACGACCUUGACAGCGGUACUUUGAGUGUGAAACACUUUUGUUGGCACUGGUGGUUUGGAAAGCCUGCUGACAUGUUUAUGGCUUCGAAAACUAUCCUUUUCUCUGUGUUUGGUUAUCGGCAAAGAAGUUGGUCAAACAUUUGGAAUCUCACUAUUCAUUACCAUGAUAACUGUAAUGAGUUUAUUGAGCGGAUGAUCAGUAAGGAAAAACGAUUAUCGCCAAAGCGUCAUGUCUUGCGUCUAAGUCGAGAAGUGAAAUUGAAGUUUGAAGGCGAUAUUGAAUUUAGUAUUACAAGUGGUGAUUGGAGAGCUAUCGCACAACUACCGACCAUACCUGCUGCUGACUUUUGGCACAAAUGGAUAUGCUUAGACAAGGAAAUUGAUGUCAGUGUGCAGUUUGAGCAUGGUGAUGACCACCCUACAAACAUCUGCAAUGUUGAUGUUAAACAGGGCGAUCAAAAAGUCAGUUUAGUGAUAUCGCCUUGUCUUGUUCAGGACAGUCAAGAAGACGAAGAUAUUGUGUCAACUGAAACACUAGAACUGUCACUGAAGUCAAAAGUAAACAAGAAAUGCACCCCUGAUGUUAUUGUGAAUGUAGCCAAGAAAGUUGCUCAUUGUUGGCAAAAGCUUGUGUUGGAAUUGUCAGCUGACUCUUUCAUAUACACGAUGAAACUGAUAAAAGACGAAAACAAUGAUAUUUUUAUACAAGCUGUAACAGCAUUGCGUAAAUGGACUGAUGAAUUUGGUGACAGAGCCAACCAAGCAGCAAUGAUCCAUGCAAUGUGUACAAUAGGUUGCAGAUCUCAGGCUGAAGCUGUUUUUGGCGGCAGUUUGGUGGAGCAUGUCUGCCCACCUCAGUGAUUUGGUUUUUAGCUAUAUCAGUACAGUCAGGACUCAUUACAAAAUAGUCUGGUGCUUGCUACGUAUACUCUGUGCACAGGAAUUAGAAAAAAUACAAUGUUUUGUACAUGUGUUUAUAUCUGUGGUGUUAAAUGCAAAUAGAUAUGCGUUGUAACUGGAAACUCUCUGAUUUAAAAUUUU